AAAACAUACACACACUUAAAAAAAAAAUUAAGAGAGCCAGAAAAGGGUAUUUAGCAAAAUACACAAAAUAGUUAGAGGUGGUUAAUAACAUGAAAUGAAAAAGACACGGAACUAAAUGGUCAAAUUUUCAUAGUAAUUCCAUAUCCCAGAAAUACUAAAAUGAAACUUAAAUGUCAUGGCAACUGAUUGUGGUUUCAACGUGUAUGGCACUUGUACUUAGUCUAAGUAGAUGGAUACGUUUCACAAAAAAAAAAAAAAAAAAAAAAGCACAAAAGCACAGAUCGUGGCUAGGAAGCUGAGGGCCACAAGUAGGGGAUGGCAGAGAGAGAAGCCAGCUAUCUCCACUCCAUGAGCCCUGCUGCAGACACCUAAGCUUCAUCUGCGAGGUUUGGUAGGCUGUCUCUGAGAAGGGCGAAGGCGAAGUCAGACCGAAAUCCAGCCAGGGAGAACUGACUGCGGGUCAAAGCUGGGGCGGCACAGGGUAACCUGUCUCGGCCCUAGAGGGGACUCUCGUCACAGUGGUCGCCGUUCUGCCACCCGUGCCGCUUCCUAAGCCACCUCUAGGUUCUCCCGCGCCUUCAGAGGAGCUGAGCCCACCUCGCUGCCGCACCUGGUCCGGAGUGGUCGGCCGCCAGCACAGCCGGCCUGAGGCGGCCGAUAACUGACGUGGAUGCAGGCUCGGCGGGGGAUUGCUUCUGUCUGGGGCCCGCCGAGGCUGCGUUCGUGCCUCGCGCGCACCCGCACCGCGUCCGCCCAGCCAAUCCCGCGCUACUCGCGCGCCCAGGAACGUUCCUCAGUCCCACUCUAGGCUGGGCCGGCUCCUUCCCGCUCCUGGCGCUCUGCAGCCGAGCUCGCACUCCUCCCCUCACUCUCCACGAGUUGCACGCCUCGGGGUGUAGCUCCGCCCCUGUCCCCGAGUCCGCCCCCGCAACCUCCAGAGCGUGUGCUCCCUUUUCCCCUCAGUCUCUUGCCAUCCAGGCGUCUUGGGUCUCACUCCGCAGAGCCUCUGGGACUCGCCGGCCUUGCCCCGCCGCCUCCGCGCUCUGUCUUCCGCGAGGCCGCCGCUUCUCCCACCCCGGGAUCGCUUCCUCCCGGCCGGACUCGGGGUCGCGCGGCCCGACUCCGCCCCCUCCGCGGCCCCGCGCGCUCCUGGCGCGGCCUCUCCCCCACGCAGGCCACCGGGCGCUCGGGCCCCCUCCUUCCCGCUCGCCUCGCGCUCCCCGGGCGCCCUCGCUCUCGCGCUCUCCAAGGCAAGCGCGCUCCCGGCCGGCGCGCUCCGGGCUCCGGCUUCUCCCGGCUCCUGUCAGUGCGGUGACUGCGCUGGGAAACAUGGCGACCGAGGGAAUGAUCCUCACAAACCACGACCAUCAAAUCCGCGUCGGAGUCCUCACAGUGAGUGAUAGCUGCUUCAGGAAUCUUGCAGAAGACCGCAGUGGCAUAAAUCUAAAAGAUCUUGUUCAAGAUCCUUCUUUGUUGGGUGGGACUAUAUCAGCAUACAAGAUAGUACCAGAUGAAAUAGAAGAAAUCAAGGAAACACUCAUAGACUGGUGUGAUGAAAAGGAACUUAAUUUGAUAUUAACAACUGGAGGAACAGGGUUUGCACCACGAGAUGUCACUCCAGAGAAAUUCCCAACAUUCCCAUUUUGUGGGCUCCAGAAAGGGGCCACAAAAGAAGUAAUAGAACGGGAAGCGCCAGGGAUGGCCCUGGCAAUGCUGAUGGGAUCACUUAAUGUUACACCUCUGGGCAUGCUCUCUAGACCAGUGUGUGGAAUAAGGGGGAAAACUCUGAUAAUUAACCUACCUGGUAGCAAGAAAGGAUCUCAGGAAUGCUUUCAGUUCAUACUGCCAGCUCUACCUCAUGCCAUUGACCUUUUACGUGAUGCCAUUGUAAAAGUAAAGGAGGUGCAUGAUGAACUUGAAGAUUUACCUUCCCCACCACCUCCUCUUUCUCCACCUCCUACAACUAGCCCACAUAAACAGACAGAAGACAAAGGAGUUCAGUGUGAAGAAGAGGAAGAAGAAAAGAAAGACAGUGGUGUAGCUUCAACAGAAGAUAGUUCCUCAUCACAUAUAACUGCAGCAGCUCUUGCUGCAAAGAAGCAUCCAUUCUACACCAGUCCUGCUGUUUUCAUGGCAAAUCAUGGGCAGCCCAUCCCUGGUCUCAUCAGUUUUUCCCAUCAUGCAACAGGCAGUGCAGAUAAACGGAUUCCAGACUCCAUCAUUUCUCGUGGUGUUCAGGUGCUCCCACGAGACACAGCCUCCCUUAGCACGACUCCUUCAGAAUCACCCCGUGCUCAGGCUACAUCUCGCCUCUCUACAGCUUCCUGUCCAACACCAAAACAAAUUAGACGGCCGGAUGAAAGCAAAGGAGUUGCUAGUAGAGUUGGAUCCCUCAAAGUCCAGUCCAGGUGCAGCAGCAAGGAGAACAUUCUAAGAGCCAGUCACAGUGCUGUAGAUAUCACCAAGGUGGCUAGAAGACAUCGCAUGUCUCCUUUUCCUCUGACGUCUAUGGACAAAGCCUUUAUUACAGUCCUGGAGAUGACUCCGGUGCUUGGUACAGAAAUCAUCAAUUACCGAGAUGGAAUGGGGCGAGUCCUUGCUCAAGAUGUAUAUGCAAAAGACAACCUACCCCCAUUCCCAGCAUCAGUAAAAGAUGGCUAUGCUGUUCGAGCUGCUGAUGGUCCAGGAGAUCGCUUCAUCAUUGGGGAAUCCCAAGCUGGUGAACAGCCAACUCAGACAGUCAUGCCAGGACAAGUGAUGCGGGUUACAACAGGUGCUCCAAUCCCCUGCGGUGCUGAUGCUGUAGUGCAAGUUGAAGAUACUGAACUCAUCAGGGAGUCAGAUGAUGGUACUGAAGAACUUGAAGUGCGAAUUCUGGUGCAAGCUCGGCCAGGUCAAGAUAUCCGACCCAUCGGCCAUGACAUUAAAAGAGGGGAGUGCGUUUUGGCCAAAGGAACCCAUAUGGGCCCUUCAGAGAUUGGUCUCCUUGCAACUGUAGGUGUCACAGAAGUUGAAGUUAAUAAGUUUCCAGUGGUUGCCGUUAUGUCAACAGGGAAUGAGCUGUUAAAUCCUGAAGAUGACCUAUUACCAGGAAAGAUUCGGGACAGCAAUCGAUCAACACUUCUAGCAACAAUUCAGGAACAUGGUUACCCAACAAUCAACCUGGGGAUUGUAGGAGACAACCCAGAUGACUUACUCAAUGCCUUGAAUGAGGGUAUCAGCCGUGCUGAUGUCAUCAUCACAUCAGGAGGUGUAUCCAUGGGGGAAAAGGACUAUCUCAAGCAGGUGCUGGACAUUGAUCUUCAUGCUCAGAUUCAUUUUGGAAGAGUUUUUAUGAAGCCAGGCUUGCCAACAACAUUUGCAACUUUGGAUAUUGAUGGUGUAAGAAAAAUUAUUUUUGCACUACCAGGGAAUCCUGUAUCAGCUGUGGUCACCUGCAACCUCUUUGUUGUACCUGCACUGAGAAAGAUGCAGGGUAUCUUGGAUCCUCGGCCAACCAUCAUCAAAGCCAGGUUAUCGUGUGAUGUAAAACUGGACCCUCGCCCAGAAUACCACCGAUGUAUACUGACUUGGCAUCACCAAGAACCACUGCCCUGGGCCCAGAGUACAGGGAAUCAGAUGAGCAGCCGCCUGAUGAGCAUGCGCAGUGCCAACGGAUUACUGAUGCUACCUCCAAAGACAGAGCAGUAUGUGGAGCUUCACAAAGGCGAGGUGGUAGAUGUCAUGGUCAUUGGACGGCUAUGAUGGUGACCAACAGGAGGAAGUUUUGUUGCAUGUCCACAUAUCAUUGACUGUAUCCUGUAAUAUGCAACGGCACAGCUAGUUUUUCUGAUCUGGAUAAAAGUUGAUCUGUAUAGUCAACAUCUUGAACUAUAUUUCAAAUGAAUUUAAAUACCUUUUAAAGAAAAAAAAAACACCUAAGAAUAAAUCUCAACAGACAACUCUAUUCUGAUUAUAUCAAAGCAAAAUUUUCCUUUCUUGCAAAUUGCUUUGUGUGUUCAAUGCUAGGUCUGAUAGCGAUAGCUUUUAGUAGACAGCGGUAGGUGCCUGCAGAACUUGUGUUUUCCUCAUCUUUAAAUACAACUACUUAUGCUCUUAAUCAAGGCUGUCUGCUUCUUUAUACUAGUGUAGGCAACACUUGGAUUUCCCUUCUUAGUAUGCUUCAUAACUGCUUUACAGAGAGCUUUUGCUUGUUCUUUAUCAUGUAUCUCGUGUUUAUGUGCACCAUGCCAAAAGAGGAGACUGUGCGGAGGCACCGCCCUGCCGCAAGAACCUUCCCUGCUGAGCACCCAGGGAAGGUCUUACCCUAGCAGCCUCCUGGCACAGUACUCGCAGGCAGUAACUGGAUACCUUUUAUUUGAACAAACAAACUGGGGGAAAUGCUUCCUUAAGUGCUGACAGCCUUUUUAACCAACACAUUUAAAAUUGUACAGAACAAAAAUAAAAUCAAAGACUGAUCUUGUACAGAUAUUAGUGUUACCAGCAUUCAUGUGGAAAUCAAGAGCAAAAACAAAAUAAUGUUAAACAACUCUGUACCAUAACAUUUUCUGUAAUGAUAAUGAAACUUAAUGAAUAAAAAAAAAUCCUUGAUCAUUA